GACGACUCUCAGCUCUGAGCUAUAAAGUGCCACCCGCGCGUCGGGGGCGGCGCGUUUGUGAUUUUCCUCGCCCCCCGGCUCUGCUGCUCGCUUCCCAACCCUACUUGCACGCCCUAGGAAGGCAGAAACUAUGUCGGAUCGAGAGACGGGCGGCGUGCCCGGGUCGGACGAGGAUCUCUCGCUCCCAAAGGCGACGGUGGCCAAAAUGAUCACAGAGCUUCUACCGUCCGACACCUCGUGUGCUAAAGAGACCAGAGAUUUGGUGAUUGAGUGUUGUGUAGAGUUCAUACAUCUCAUUUCGUCGGAGGCAAAUGAGAUCUGUGAGAAAGAGUCCAAGAAGACGAUAGCACCGGAGCAUAUCAUCUCGGCUCUGAAGCAUCUUGGUUUUGAGUCAUUCACGACGGAGGUGGAGGAUGUAUUGAAAGAUCAUAAACAGCAGCAGAAAGACCGGGAGAAGAAGGUCUCCAAGUUGGAGUCGUCCGGUCUAACAGAGGAGGAACUCGCCAGACAGCAGGAAGAACUGUUCGCCGCCAGUCGAGCAAAGUUCCAGUCCGCGCAGCAAUGAGUUACUGUAUCGUGUAGCAUUCUUCUCGUUCUCAGGCUCCCAGAGGGACAUUGGACCAGUCGCUGUAUACCAUGUACGAACAUACAAUCCGCAGACGUACCCGUAUUUGGCCCUGCUGUAAUCUCCUCUGAGUUAUUGACUUCGUUCUAUCUAUCUACGUACCCCUCUGCCUGCGCAGACGCUCUUGUAGCUCUCGCAACCGCCUGUGCGGCGAGUCUCCGUUCCAUUGCUCGAUGGUAACUCCAUCUUCUACACGCGUCUCGGUGAGAUGAGGUAGCCCUUCUUGCUCUAUCGUAAAUGAUGCUGAGACGGUGCCGUAGAGCGCCGCGUCUACAAUGUUUCCUCCUGCCAGAGCAAGCCCGGAUCCAAGAC